CAGUUUUCUGUCGAAUCCAGAAAAACCCAUUUCUCACACAAUGUCCCCAUUCCCUUGAAUUGUAAAUCAUCAACGGCUCUCUCUCUCUCUCUGUCUCUCUCUCGCUCUCGCUCGCGCAUUUUCACAAACACGUUGCGCGGUCACAGCCAGUGCCUGAGUUCGUUCCAGAGAUACUGCCGCGUAGGCUCGCUCGCGCGUCCAAUUCGUUUGAAGUCCUGAUUUAAUUCAACUUUGAUUUGAAAAUUUUCGUUUCGUUUGCUCUGGGGCACUUGGAAGUUUUGAAAUUUGUGGAGAAAUCGAUUCGUUUCUCUCUGUGGGGUUUUGGGCGCCAUGGCGAUUGCAGCUGCAGCAGUCAUCGUUCCACUGGGCCUGCUCUUCUUUGUAUCAGGCCUCGUAGUCAAUCUCAUUCAGGCGAUUUGCUUCAUUCUUAUUCGGCCGCUGUCUAAGAAUACAUACAGAAAGAUCAACAGAGUGGUGGCAGAAUUGUUGUGGCUCGAACUCGUGUGGCUCAUUGAUUGGUGGGCGGGUGUCAAGAUCCAAGUGUACACAGACCCUGAAACCUUUCGUUUAAUGGGUAAAGAACAUGCACUUGUCAUAUGCAAUCAUAGAAGUGAUAUUGAUUGGCUUGUUGGAUGGGUCCUGGCUCAGCGGUCAGGUUGCCUUGGCAGCACCUUAGCUGUAAUGAAGAAAUCAUCAAAGUUCCUUCCGGUCAUAGGGUGGUCAAUGUGGUUUUCUGAGUAUCUCUUUUUGGAAAGAAGCUGGGCCAAAGAUGAAAACACUUUAAAGUUGGGUCUUCAACGGUUGAAGGACUACCCUCAGCCCUUUUGGUUGGCUUUGUUUGUAGAAGGAACUCGUUUUACACAGGCCAAGCUUUUAGCAGCACAAGAAUAUGCAGCCUCAACUGGGUUGCCUGUUCCUAGAAAUGUUUUGAUUCCUCGUACUAAGGGUUUUGUCUCUGCAGUAAGUCACAUGCGCUCAUUUGUUCCAGCCAUCUAUGAUGUAACAGUGGCUAUUCCUAAAGCUUCACCUUCACCAACAAUGUUAAGACUCUUUCAGGGGCGACCUUCUGUGGUGCAUGUGCAAAUUAAGCGGCAUUUAAUGAAGGAAUUGCCCGAAACCGAUGAAGCUGUUGCCCAGUGGUGUAAAGAUAUCUUUGUGGCAAAGGAUGCAUUUUUGGAUAAACAUACAGCAGAGCAAACUUUUGGCGAUCAAAUAUUGCAACCUACUGGUCAGCCACGAAAGUCUCUUUUGGUUGUUGCGUCUUGGUCAUGUCUACUUAUUUUGGGGGCUCUAAAGUUCCUCUACCGGUCUUCACUUCUAUCCUCGUGGAAGGGUAUUGGGUUCUCAACAUUGGGUUUGAGCAUUGUUACCGUCCUUAUGCAGUUCUUGAUUCGGUUUUCUCAGUCAGAUUCAACCCCAGCCCGAGUGGCUCCAGCCAAGGACAAUAGCAAAGGAGAGUCUUCAAGCAACCUAGACAAACAGCAAUAGAGUACAGCUCGGCUCCAAUGUCUUUUACAACCGGGCAACUUGUGAUUCAUGUGGCUUGUGUGCUUUCUCACCCCUGCCUUAAGUUAGUGAAGUUCCUUCGCUGUGCCGUGGUGCCCCUUUGAUUUUGUAAAACGCGUAUUAUGUAUGCCCAUCUCGAUUCAUUAACGGUUGGUUGAUUAGGUCAAUUUCUGUAUGGACUCCGAAAAAUGGCUGUAGCAGCACUUCUAGGUCUAGAAAUCCCCUAUGAAAUUAAACUUCCUUUGAUCUUGUUUGUCAAUUUUAAUGUCAGAAACCCUUCAAAACAUCAGCAUUUGGGACCAUGGUGAAGCUAUGGACAUUUUUACUUUAUAGCUCUUCUGUAUAA